AUUUAACCAAAUAAAAAUGAGAUCGAAGGAGAGCCCGCAAAACAGCCCGUCGUUAAUGGGCAGUAAUAGAAAACUGUUACAGACAAGGCCUAUAAAUAACAUAAUUCCCCGAGAGCGUACAAUAACCAGAACCGGGACCACCAUCCCUCCGCCCACUGUCCACGCCCUUUUGAUUUUUAUCGCAGACACGCCUCGAGAAAGAAGGUGGAAAAACGAACCCAUAUUUCUUUCACAACUUAUUAAAUAUGGGUGAAAAAAAUUUGGUUUGUUUUUCGCUCGUCUUUCUCGCGGCGGCCGUGGCCCUCUUGGCCGGCCACGCCCACGGCUCCGACAUCUGCGUUAAUGCAAACGACGUCCCGCAGUGCCGGGCCAUCGUGAAGGGCGCCACCGAUCCGGUGGCCGCCUUAAGGGCUGCCAUUGAACAGCUGAUCUUCGAAACCAAACGCGCCAAUGAAGCGAGCGUGGCAUUAGCCGCCAAUCCCGGGCCGCUGGACGUGUGCAAACAGAACUUCGAUAACGCCAUUCGCGACCUGCAGCGAAGCCUGGAGUCUCUGAAGAUCCAGGACAAAGACAGCCUGGAGAGCCACCUGUCCGCGGCUCUGAGCGACUACGUCCGAUGCGACGGCGCCGUCAUCGAAGGGGAUAUGAUGGUGCAAAGUGUGGGCAUUUUUAAAACUGAUAACGUGCUCCUUAACAUGGCAUCCAAUGUUAUCUACUUGGCCUCUCUGCCUUGGUUGCCCCACUAAGGGAAGGGAACAAACGUGGGGAGCUUUGGGCGGAGCGAUGCGUAGUCUCGGACUGACUCGACUUGUCGUUCAUAAAUUAAUUUCAAAAAAAGGCGACAAAUAAGUCAUUCAGUUGUUAUUAUCAAAACGUCGUGACGGUCUGGGACUAUGAGCGCGUCCGGUUCGGUUCUUAUUCCUAUUUUCCACAUUGACGAAAUUAUGUAAAUCAAAUACCAAAUUAUUUAUUUUAACUUACGGAUUUCUUCUUUUGAUA